UGUCAUAGGUCUCCUCUUAGACUGGACGGCACGCAAGGUCAGCGUCAGCAGAUCUGACCCUAAAAAUAGGCCUCUGUUGCCAGUCGGGGUGGCUGGGCGUGCGGCUGCUACAUGCCCCACGGACCAGAACCUCCUGACGCGGCCAGGCCCCGGCACACCCAGCUGCAGAAAGGAGAGAAAAUCCCUUGGCUCUAAAAUGACAUCUGGAGAAGUGAAGACAAGCCUCAAGAAUGCCUACUCAUCUGCCAAGAGGCUGUCGCUGAAGAUGGAGGAGGAAGGGGAGGAGGAGGACUACUGCACCCCUGGAGCCUUUGAGCUGGAGCGGCUCUUCUGGAAGGGCAGUCCCCAGUACACCCACGUCAACGAGGUCUGGCCCAAGCUCUACAUUGGUGAUGAGGCGACGGCGCUGGACCGCUAUAGGCUGCAGAAGGCGGGGUUCACGCACGUGCUGAACGCGGCCCACGGCCGCUGGAACGUGGACACUGGGCCCGACUACUACCGCGACAUGGACAUCCAGUACCACGGCGUGGAGGCCGACGACCUGCCCACCUUCGACCUCAGUGUCUUCUUCUACCCGGCGGCAGCCUUCAUCGACAGAGCACUACGCGACGACCACAAAUUCAGGUCCCCAAAAGGCUUAAUGAACUACAGCUUUCAUCUGUUUCAAGUACUGAGUCAUGACAGAAAGAAUUACCCUGAUUUCUGGGAGAGGAAGAAACGCUUUGGUUAUCAGCAGGGCUGGCCAGAGGCCCGGCGCCUCCAGAAAGGUAAGAUCCUGGUUCACUGCGUCAUGGGCCGCAGCCGGUCAGCCACCCUGGUCCUGGCCUACCUGAUGAUCCACAAGGACAUGACCCUGGUGGACGCCAUCCAGCAAGUGGCCAAGAACCGCUGCGUCCUCCCGAACCGGGGCUUUUUGAAGCAGCUCCGGGAGCUGGACAAGCAGCUGGUGCAGCAGAGGCGACAGGCCCAGCGCCAGGACGGUGAGGAGGAGGAUGGCAGGGAGCUGUAGGCCCGACACAGGGCCAGCAGAGGCGCUUCGGGACAGAGGGGAGAGGCAGAACAUAGCCCUGGCCUAGGACUCCAGAGAAGGGAUGGUGAAACCGAAGCUCGACUCUUCCAAAUCAUCUUGUUCAACUUCCCCAUGUGUGCUGGGGACAGGGAGGACCCAGAGCUGCCCCCGGGCAGAGCUGAGUGCUCAGCCUCUCAGCAAAAUGGGAGGGACGGGCUCCCCGGCUCUGGGUCACAGAGGAGCAUGCCACGCUGCACCAAGUCUCCUGCUUUGGUUUUGUUUUUUUGGUGAGAAGGAAGAGGGAAAAGAUUUUAAAAUGUGUAGGCAUUAUGUUGUGAUUAAAUGUUUGGCUUUGUCUGAAAGGAAA